AUGUCUCUUUCUGUGGAAGUGCGCGCAGCCAUUCCUGCACCUACCAGCAUGCGACAAUCUGUUGCAGUGCAGCCUCCAUCGCUCCCUGUCUUUGGAGUCCACGAGAUCACAAGCGCAUGGCUAAGCCACAUCCAGCUUGUGGACUUGCUCGCUCCACCGAUUUGCUCGCCUCGUUGUGCUCCACAACUUGUGCGUCGCCGGCUGUCUGAGCCAGACCCAACUUGGCUACAUCGUCCAGCAGCGAAGCCACGAGAAGUGUACCGAUAA